AUGCUACUACCACAGAUAGCAGACGAACACGACGCCGACAUUGUGAUCCUGUGCGAGCCGUACAGGGUGCAACAAACGCAGGAUUGGAUCACGUACGAGACCAAGACAGCGGCUAUCUGGGUGAGGGGCGCUGCCCGAACCCGGAUAACUGCUCGUGGCGUCGGGGACGACUACGUCUGGGCUAGGGUGGGCGCUGUCACUUACGUCAGCGUCUACCUGACCCCAAACUGCGCCGCGGCGGAGUUCCGGGCGAAGGUUGCGCUCCUUGAGGACGGACUCAGGGACCUGCCCGGGGACCUCGUGGUCGCGGGGGACCUCGACGCGAGGGCGGUCGAGUGGGGCAUGGCGGCAACGAACAGACGCGGACGGCUGCUGCUGGAGAUGGCCGCAAGGCUGGACCUAGUGGUGGCAAACAUGGGAGACGUACCAACGUACAGACAGCCGGGAUUUGGAGACUCCAUCCCGGACGUAACGAUGACGACGGACAGAACUCUGCCACGGAUAGGGCGGUGGCGGGUGCUCGAGGGCUACACGGCCAGCGACCCUCAGUACAUCGUCUUCGAAGUGGAGGAGGGACAGGGACGGCACGGACGAGGACCCAGCACCCCCCCGCGGUGGAACGUGGACAAACUCGACGUACUGAAGUUUUCGGCGGAGCUGGUGGCAGCGCCGGCCCCAAUUACGGACGUCCCCCCAGAGCUCUCUGGCCGGCAAAGGGCGGAAAGACUAGCAGACGAGACGGCCAAACUGACGACGCGGCUGUGCGACAGCACAAUGCCAAAACGACGAGACAGCAAGACGCGAUGCUGGAAGAAGCUCUGCGAGGAGGUGGAUUGCGACCCCUGGGGUGCCGGUUACAAGAUUGUGACCGGUAGGCUGGGGGCCCGGAUCCCGCCAGAACUCAAGGAUGCUGAAACCGCACGACUGAUCGUAGAUGGACUGUUCCCGACGCACCCGACGCGUACGGACGCGACAGACGACGACGAGACGGCGGCGCCCCCGUCUUCACCGCCGAGGAGCUCGUCGGAGCGACCAAAGCAAUGA